CUGUUAAUACUUUGUAUGCUCUGGAUGGAACCUUCUGCCACGACUCAGUGAUGGAAUCGAGGGAGUUGCAAUGCUCACGUGCAGUGCAGUACAGCACUGAAGAUGAAAUAUGCCAUACCAACAGAAGUGUAGCCCAGUGACCUGUGCCUGUUUGUGACUGGUGUGUUGUGUGUGGCAUGGCGGCGACAUUGUCCCUGCCGUGCCCCGCGAGGCUGGGCGUCGUGAGGCAGGCGGGACCCCAGGCAGAGCUUCACCGCUGCACUCUGGAGAGAAACGUCAACAAGAUGGAAAAACUUCUCAAGAAAGGUGUGGAUGUGGACUGUGUGAAUGACCUGGGGCAGACGUCUUUGUUCUGUGCUUGCCUGGUGGGAAUGACCAGCGCUGCUGAACUCCUGCUGCAGUAUGGAGCCAAUCCCAACCAUUCCGUGACAUCAUGUGUUAUGUUGAGUGAUGUCAUGUUGUGUUCAGUUCCGUGA